AUGUUUCCACUGACUGAGGAAAAUAAGCAUGUGGCCCGGUUGUUGCUCAAUACUGGUACCUGUCCAAGAUGUAUCUUCAGAUUCUGUGGUGUGGAUUUUCAUGAACCUUACAAACGUCCAUACAAGGAGUUGCUCAAUGAACUACAACAAUUUCUGGAAUCUGUAAAAGAUGAGUUAAUUUGGGAAGUUCCAAAUCCACCUCCCAAGAAAAUUCGACUACAAGAAAUGGAAGAUGGGAUUGAUAAUCUGAGUGAAAAUGGAGAAGGAAGGAUCUCUGUUAUCGAAGAUGGAAGCAUUGCUUCCAAGAACUCAAAUUUAAAUGUAUGCAAUGUAUGCCUAGGAAUUCUUCAAGAAUUCUGUGAGAAGGAGUUCAUUAAAAAGGUGUGCCAGAAGGUUGAGGCCUCUGGGUUUGAAUUCACCAACUUGGUAUUUUCAGUCUCCUUCCCACCACAGCUAUCUGUAAGAGAGCAUGCUGCAUGGUUGCUGGUAAAACAGGAAAUGGGAAAGCAGAGUCUGUUGCUGGGAAGAAAUGAUAUAGUUCAGCUAAAAGAAGCCUACAAAUGGAUAACUCACCCCCUGUUUUCAGAGGAACUGGGUGUUCCAAUUGAUGGAAAGAGCUUGUUUGAAGUGAGUGUGGUCUUUGCCCACCCAGAAACAGUUGAGGAUUGCCACUUCCUAGGUGUGAUAUGCCCAGAUUGUUUCAAGCCAGCCAAAAACAAGCAGUCGGUAUUCACUAGAAUGGCAGUUAUGAAAGCUUUGAAUAAGAUUAAAGAAGAGGAUUUCCGCAAGCAGUUUCCUUGUCCUCCAAACUCACCAAAGGCUGUAUGCACUGUUCUUGAAAUUGAAUGUGCUCAUGGUGCUGUUUUUGUGGCUGGGCGAUAUAAUAAAUAUUCCAGGAAUCUACCACAAACUCCUUGGAUAAUUGAUGGAGAAAGGAAGCUGGAAUCUUCAGUGGAAGAAUUAAUUUCAGAUCAUCUGUUAACAGUAUUCAAAGCAGAGAGUUUUAAUUUUUCAUCCUCUGGAAGAGAAGAUGUAGAUGUCAGAACAUUAGGAAAUGGAAGGCCCUUUGCAAUUGAGCUGGUGAAUCCUCAUAGAGUACAUUUCACUUCACAAGAAAUUAAGGAACUUCAGCAGAAAAUUAAUAAGUCAUCUAACAAAAUCCAAGUACGUGACUUGCAGCUUGUCACAAGAGAGGCAAUAGGACAUAUGAAAGAAGGUGAAGAAGAAAAGACCAAGACCUAUAGUGCCUUAAUAUGGACAAAUAAAGCAAUACAGGAGAAAGACAUUGGAUUCCUAAAUGACAUAAAGGACUUAAAGAUCGACCAGAAAACACCUCUACGGGUCCUUCACCGGAGACCCUUGGCUGUGAGAACUCGGGUCAUUCACUCCAUGGAGACAAACUAUGUGGAUGAGCAUCAUUUUCGCCUCUGUCUGAAGACUCAGGCUGGCACGUAUCCUUCCGUCUUCUGCACUGCAGUAAUCUAA